AUGCGUUUCACGUCUCACAUGUCCAGUAACCCUACGUAUGGUCACAUGUGUGACAGUCUGGUGUUUACAACAGCGCUGAUCCAAACACGACACGUCAAGAGCUCCCAGGCUUUCGACCCUGCAGUGUUUUGGCUCACCGCCCAGGCCCAGUUGGCCAGUAAUACUGGUAUGGGGCUUGUACCAGAGUCUGGUCUUCAAUUCUGGUAUAUGCCUACGUCAGUGCACGCGAUGGACGGAGCAGGGACCAGCAAGCCCUUUAAACCUCCUAGCCUCCCCAGCGGGGAUUCUUGA